AAUUGGAUUCACUUCAUGUCGUUCCGCAGAGAAAGUUCGGCCACGACAAGCAUGACAGAGACAUGAGAUCAGUGACGAAAACCGACUGACAGUGAUGACCACGACCAUGCCGAAGCAAAAUCCGGCCAGACCAGCUGCGAAAGUCGAUGCAGGCUCAAAGAAGCGCAAAGAUCCGCCUACCAACGCCAAUAAUGGGAAGAAAGACAACAAGAGACCAAGGAACGACCAUCGCUCCAAGCAACGAGAUAUGCGGGUGCUGGCCACUCAAACGUCCUCUAAAGCCUUCAAAAAUGGCCAGCUAGACGUCGACACUUUUGUCAAAUCUCGCGAGUAUGAAAUCAGAGCUCUAGAAGAGGGCAUGUCGAGGAGUAAGCAAGCCUUGACGAAGCGAGCAUUCCAGCAAGUGCCCCGAGACUUGAGACGACGAACGGCGAGUCACAAUGUCAAGCGUGUGCCGAAGCGGCUGCAGCCGCGAGCGAAGAGGGAGAUGGUGGAAGACAACACUCCUACUGUAAGCUCCAAGACCCGAAAGCCAACAAGACACAUGCGAUUGCGUCUCGAGACUGUAAAGAAGUUGCGUGCGUUGGGUGCGAAAAGCAAAGCAUCCAAAGACGGAAAGGCAGAGGAGAAAGUCACCGUGCGACCUUAUCCAAAAGCAAAUGCGCCAGACACAGCAAAUGACACUGCUGUAAAGACCCGCACAGCAAAAGUCAAGAAAGUCAAACUGGCCACACCUCCCAAACCAACGGCCAGAUUUCGGAAGCGUCAAAUCGACAAGACCUGGCUGCCAACGCACAUGUUCCAUGCAAAGAGAGCUCGUAUGACUGCACCGAAAGAGGCAUUGUGGCGAUUCUCAAUACCCCUGACACCUACUGCAAAGAGCUAUCGUCCCACGCACAGAUCUGCCAACGAGCGUGGAGCCAUCGCUUGGGACAUGAGUUACAUGGCGACUAUCAGCCUCUGUGGGCAGCAACGGAGCAUUGAAGGCGUACUGAAGGCUCUCCACCUAAAUUCGAAGACUAAUGGUAACGAUCCUUGGAGCGCACAAUCUGAAAGAUGGCGAAAAGGAUCACGAGCAUUCAAUGGAUUCGUUCUCGAACGUGAAGCACCGCACAAGCCGAUAGCUCCAGUGACUGUAUUGUGGUCGCCACAAGCAGCGAAGGCGGGGUCUGACACAGCAGAGACGAAUGCAAAGCAGCUUCGGACAGCCUUUAUCAGAGUACAUCCCGCCGCUUUCUUGCAACUGUGGGAAGAGGUAGUCAGGCUGGCUAAAGUGGCGAAACCUCAAAUCAGUGUCGAAGACUUGCGCUACGAGAUUGGUAGCAUAGAAAUAACAGGCCCAGGUGCGACGGAGGCGCUACUGGGCGCUCUCUGGCCUUCUCCAACAACGAACGCAGCUAUCACUGAACCUGCAAAGACAUGGAACGCCUUAGCAGGCUUGACAGAUUUGGCGCUUCUGCCACGCGAUGUGGUCAUUGGACUGGACGUGCAAGAUCCCCGACUGCAUCAUCCGCCACGACCUAUCAAGCUUCCGCAAACAACAGAUGCUCAGCAACGACUUCUCGAGCUAUCAGCGAUUUGGCCCCUUGAGGCAGAGCACAUAUCAUCAGGACUGUUUGACCGACGAGCUCGACAACGUGCAUCUUCUGCUUUGCCGACUCAGAAAUCAAUCAACAGACGCAAGACCACUGCCGUGCCUGGUCAAUUCCCGGAACUCCUGCCCAGUGACCCCUCAAUUCCUACAAUCAUCUAUUCUACCACGAAUAGCAAGUCUAGGGCGAGCUCGUGGACAAUGCUUCUGCCGUGGAAGUGUGUUCAGCCUGUGUGGUACAGCAUCAUGUACUAUCCACUUUCAACUGGAGGUCAACCGCGCUUUGGGGGCCUCGACGAGAAACGUCAGCUGGCUUUCGAGACCAAUCAACCCUGGUUUCCUGGUGAUUAUCCUGGGACUAAGGCCGGUUGGCAGUGGGAGAAAGAGCAAGCAGAGAAGAGAAAGGAUCACUGGGCGCGUCGACCGAAGAGCAAGCGCGUGAACUGGGAUGUCGUUAAGGCUGGUGUCGGCGUCAAAGGAGAGAUUGGGCUCGGCUGGGCUUGCGACUGGUCAAGGCUGCUCAACGGGCCACCAACGGAAGCCCCUCCGAAGCCAGUCGAAGAGAGCACCGGCGAAGACACUGCCAUGCCCGACGCCGCUUCCGCCGAAGCACAACCACCGCCUGCGCCUGAAACGGUGCAAAGUCAAAACACCCCACCCAUAACCUCCAUUCCUUCCUCCGAGGCCUCACGUCUACUCCAUGCAUCCUCGCCAGAAACCACCAUUGGUUCCACCCUCCUCAAUCCCACGAUAACAAUAUCUCUCCACUGCCUGACGCGCGGCACUCCGCAGACCUGCGCUCGCAUCUACCGCCUCCCAUCAACAUCUUCAGCACUCCGCAAAGCCUGGCUGGCCCUCCAUCCCAACAACAAACCUCGCAAGUCCGGACCCAAAAACGGCCUUCCGCCUGCCCUUCCCAAAGACGCUCCGGCAUACCUCGUCCAACGACACCUGGCCCAAUCCCUCGUCCAAGGCGUCCGUGCUAAUGAAGAAUCAUAUCCCGAAUGUCCUGGAGAAGAAGAUCUGAUCGGCUUCGUAACGACAGGAAAUCUGAAUUUGAGUGAAGGGAGAGGAACGGGGAUAGGCAAUCUAUUGCUGAGCAAGGUUCUGGAGGAUUGGAAGAAGAAUGGGGAAGAAGAGGCAAGAUUGUGUAUCGUGAGAAAUUCGGGACAGAAUUUGGGGAGGUUGGCGAAGUGGGAGCUUGCUUGAGGCGUAACGGGGAGAGAAUACUAGACCCUGAGGGGGGAAUGGUAUCUAAGCUUCAAGUGUAAAGCCUGAAAUGGACUCUGUUGGCUCUCGAAGUUGGAGUUGUGAUGUAUCUGCUCUCGUGAGCACGACUCGAAACUUCAUUCCGCGGCAGUCGAGUUAAGUUGCCGACAUUGGUAGCAUAGAACAACGAACGCUCCACAAUUGACAAAAGAACAGU